GUCCACAUUGCCAAUAGGAGGGCCAACAUAGAAUAGUACAUCAAAUGGGCUCCGACCCUACAUUGUCCUUCCAUACUCACACACAGCCCAAAACACCCGUGGUAUGUCCUUUCCUCCCACACCCCCACCUUUCUCAAUAAAUACCUUCACGCCCUUCCCUCCUCCUCACCUCCACCUUCACUUCCCCUUCACACAAUUCAAAAACUCAAAACCAAACUCAUCAAUCACUACCCCUCCUCAACUCCAAAUGGCUAUCAAGAAAUCAAACAAGCUCCCACAAGCAGCAGCCUUGAAGCAAAUCUUGAGACGAUGUUCCAGUCUGGGCAAGAAAAACGGCUACGACGAUCAACACGAGCUGCCGGACGACGUCCCCAAAGGCCACUUCGCCGUCUACGUCGGCGAGAAUCGAAGCAGACACAUUGUGCCCAUCUCGUUCUUGAGUCAUCCAGAGUUCCAGUGUCUGCUCAGAAGAGCUGAAGAAGAGUUCGGGUUUGAUCACGAAAUGGGUCUCACCAUUCCUUGUGAAGAAGUCGUUUUCCGAUCCCUAACUUCAAUGCUCAGAUGAAGAAGAGACUGAGAAAGGGGAGGUCAAUCGGAAUUUUUUUUUUCUUUUUCUUUUUAUUUUGAAGAAAGAUGAUUAAGAUGAAAUGCAGCAUGCAUCUGUGGGCUGCUUUUUUAUCUUUUUUUAACAUCUUCUUCAUGUUUUUUGUGUUUUUUUCUUUUUUUGGGUGGGGGGGUGGGGGUGUGGAGGUUUUAAUCCCAGUUUAAUUAGGUUUGUAAUUUUAGUGACCUCUAACCCAAGACCCAUGAAUUUAUGUUUUCUGGGUUGGAUUUGUAGAAAAGAGUUUGUAAUUUUCCUCCCAGAGGCAGAGGUGUUUGUCUACACCCUGGGACUGGGAGAGUAUUUCAUGAGAAUCAUCUAAUAUUCUUUCUCUAAUUCUCUAUA